AAAAUAUGUUACGAAUUUUUUGUCGUCGUACCGAACGUGCACGACCGGUUUUUGGGUAGAUUUAUUUAUUUUAAUACACGCUCUAUCUUUAUUCUUCAAUCUUCAUUAUUAUUUUUUAAGAAACAGUAUAUUAGUUACUAACUACUUUUUACGAGUGUUGGUGAACUUAUAAAACCGUAGCUUUGUUAUCAUUAGAUAAGAAUUGGGAUUUUGGCAAGUUAUAUUUACAGAUAACGCUGUUUUCAUAAGUCCGAAAUGUUCAAACUAAGCGUAAACCUCACCCGCCCAGCGUCACAGUACAUAAAACGCACCAUGUCCAGUCAGGAGCAAGAUGUACUCUUUGAAACACUAAACAACGCUGGCAUCAUCACAUUAAACCGACCCAAGGCAUUAAACUCCCUGAACACUUCCAUGGUAGCCAAGCUACUGCCUCAGCUCCGAGAAUGGGAGAACCAGAAGACACUGGUGAUUAUCAAAGGAGCUGGUGAUAAAGCAUUUUGUGCUGGCGGUGAUGUGAAAGCAGCGAUUGACAAAGUUGAAGGCCCACGGUUCUUCCACACAGAAUACAAUGUAAACUACUUAAUCGGAAAAUAUAAGAUUCCCUACAUUGCUAUAAUUAACGGUAUUACAAUGGGUGGUGGUCUUGGUCUGUCGGUACAUGGAAGGUAUAGGAUAGCUACGGAAAAGACGGUGAUAGCCAUGCCUGAGACUAAGAUUGGAUUGUUCCCUGAUGUUGGAGGAUCAUACUUUCUGCCAAGGCUGCAAGUUAAUUUAGGAUUAUAUUUGGGAUUGACUGGUGAUAGACUAAAAGGUUGGGAUGUUGUAAAGUCAGGCAUAGCCACACACUACGUGCCCAGCAAGAGACUGUAUGAGCUUGAAGUGUUGCUGUCUCGGUGUACCGAGGAACGGGAAAUAGACAACCUGCUGAAGAAGUUCCAUGAACCAUCGGACCAGUUCUCACUAUCAGAUAAUAUUAAACACAUAAACUAUUGCUUUGCUGCGUCUUCAAUUGAAGAGAUUGUUGAAAGGCUGGAGAAGGUUCAGAAUGAUUGGUCAGAGAAGACUUUGAAGACCCUACAUCAGAUGUGCCCAGGCUCGCUGAAGAUAACGCUCCGAGCGUUGCAGCGCGGUGCUCAGCUGGACCUCGGCCAGUGCCUCAAGAUGGAGUACCGCGCCGCCUGCAGGGCUACCGAGAACCACGACUUCCCUGAAGGAGUCCGCGCCCUCCUCAUUGACAAAGACAACAGCCCCAAGUGGCAGCACAAGAAACUGGCUGAUGUGGACGAUGACUACGUAGAGAGCUACUUCAAGAAGUUACCGCAGGAGAAGGAACUUCAGUUCUUUGACUCCAAGCUGUAAGGUACUUGGGUAACAAGCCAUAGGUUCCCAAGACCGUCUUUAAAAAAAUACCCCAGUUGGCAAUUUUGUGGAGUACCUCUAUUUAUUUAAUGAAAGUAGUAUUUCAUAACAUUGCCUCUUUGGUUUCUAAGGGCCUUUGGGAACCUAUGGUGUGAACGAAUUUAAUUAUAUGCUAAUGGGUACUGAUAUGUAAGAUGUAGGUUUUAUAGGAAUACUGUGAAUGUGUGCUAGGGCUAAAUCAUCCAUCUGUUUCGAAAUGUCUGGGCAGUGUGUUUCAUUGAGUAUUCUUUUAUCCGACUUCUAAGAAGAGAAAUAUGUUUUCUCGAAUUUUAUUGUUUGUAAAAACAACAUGGCGACUGUAAUACGCCAUAGAUAAAGGUAAAAAAAUAUGUGUUUUACAUCAAGAUCUUGUCACAUCUUUUGUGAGAAAAAUAAACAUUGUGUUAAUUUUUUCAAUGCAAAAGAUUUGUUUGCCAAGAUUGUUUACACAUUUAUUAGUAUAAUCAUAAAUGACGUAAACAUAGGAUAUGUAAUGCGAAUUUGAAUGAAUAGAUAAUAAAUUAAAGGCGUUGCUUGAUGCGUUUGAAUGGUAAUCGGCAUUGUAACUACGACAGGAUACAUUAAAAUUUAUCUCUUUAUUCGCCAUUGUUAUUCAUGCCAUAUAGAUAGAGCAUUGUUAGACAUGCAGAUUGGUUUUAUAUAAAAACGCUUGAGGUUUAUAGGACAAUACAAUGUGUCCUUUUAGUGACAUUGCCGUUAUUUUAAAAUAUUAUGUAAAUGCACGUAUGUCUAAAAUGAAUAUUAUUGCAAAAAAAUUCAAUGCAUGAGUAUUGUUUCAACUGGUGUAUUUAGUAUUACUUUUUCCUUUUUUUAUCAGUUUAACGUGACACCACGUCGUCCUCGAAUUUUUUUGCUGCAGACGCGCCUCUUAUAAAACAGGUGUGAUGAUGUUUACCUAUCACUUCGAAUAAUCUACGGAAAAUAGAUUUUUUAUUUACUUAAAAUAUAGUUUAUUAUGUACAUACAUAUCAGUACCCACAGCUAACUUCGACUGAACGGAUAUGGUGCGAGAGGUAAUGUUAUAGCCAUUUAAUGAGAUGCCAGGUUUAUUUGUAAGUCUUCCACGUAAUAAGCGAUAUAUUAUUAUAGUAUGUAUAAAAUAUUAUAAAGUUUGAGAGCUGUUUGACGCGGUUGCAGAGCUUUCUUUGUAGCUUAAAAGAUUUUAAAAGUCCACCAACAAGUUCUAAGUUGGAAGUAUUCCACGGAUUUUUCUUAACAUUUUUAUACUUAUUAUCUUCUUCCACUAUGAAAUCUUAACACAUUUUAUAAAAAUCCUUCCUUCAUUGCUAGUUACAUUACGCUGUGGCCGCAUCGAACAGACAACUUUUAUUUGAGCUACAGAAAUUAUCUGAUAUUAUAUUCAUAUAUGUGUAUGUAUUUAUAUGAUGUGUGUUUAGGCAGGUGCACACAAAAUGCAUUGCUGAGUAUUCGGUGUGCACCGGCCCUAACUGUCAAGUGCAAUUAUUCUAUGUGCCCAGUACUUUAUACUUUUGUACUUGUACGCCAUAAUCGGCGGGUUUAGAUGUGUUGUACA